UUUGCCCCCUUCAAACUAACCACCUCUUGUGACUGAUCCGUGCUUGCUUUUAUGUUUACGGAUGAUUACGGAAGGUGAUCAUGUCAAUUCUUCACAAUGGUGAAGGUCUACGAAAAUUCCUUCAGCUAUGACUACUCUUUUCCCGCCGUCGCCCUAGCCUACUUUCUCCGCUAUCCAAACCCUUAUGCCACUCACGUUAUCUCCACCGACGUGAUUGAUCGGCGAUUUGAUGCAGAAACCCAGCGUCUUUAUACGACAAGACUGCAUCUGAAAAAGUCCAAAUUGCCCCCGGCUGUGCUCAAGCUUCUCCCGAAAAGCAUCUUAGGCAAUGCCAACGACGAUUCGAGCCAGAGUUAUAUUCUUGAGACCAGCAUCGUUGAUGUCAAGGAAGGAUGGAUGGAGACAGAGUCUCGAAACCUCGAGUGGACUGGGAUACUUAGCGUUGUCGAGAGACAAAUGUAUCGUCGGCCACUUGGGAUCAUUGAAGUGGGGUCACGCGACACCUCCAGCGGUACUGCUUCCCUCAUUGAGCAUGCAAAAGACACCGGAACGGAUGUUACAGCAUCGGUAACAUUGCUCUCGCGUCUCGGCCAAGGCCGAUUCUUGAAGCAGAGAUCAAAGGUUAUCGAAGAAGCUUCCUCCAGUUCUCGGGUAGAGGAAGAAGAAGAGCAGCCUAAACGAGGGCUGUUCAAAUCCUGGUCAACAGCUUCUAUACAAGGCUCAAUUGAGCUGAUUGGGAUGCGCAGAACCAGAGAAGCUCUAGCUAAAAGUAAGGAAGGCAUGAAUGUUGUUCUAGAUCGGCUGCGGCAAGGCGGUCUGGUCGCUGUACUUGAGGGCAUGAGGCGCGACCGAGAAGCUGCGUUUCAGGAAGGCGGUCUGCUCCGAAAUGCUUUGAGCAAGGGACGUGCAGAUAGCGAUGAAGAGUCUCCAACUGUUAGCUUUGAUCCGUUUGACAACGAAUAAGAGGAUGCAUGGGAAACAGUUUGAUCUGACCUACAAUGAGCUACUGGGCCGGCGCUUCGGGAAAUACAUGAGGGCAAAACACGUACGGAUUCAACCGUUUUUACAGGAUGCAAUUCGGGAAAAUAUUGUUCGGUUUCAAUCUAGGUGAAUUAUGGCAUUUGAGAGCAAGCGUGGCGUUGGGGUAACCUAAAGUCUCUCUACAGCUGUGUUACCAGCUGGUUUCUUGUAUUGUGUUACUACUUUGUUGGCCUUUCUCCAUGAAUUCAGUUCUCUUACGCACCAUUUCUUUCCGGUAUUCUACCAAGUCACCGAGCUUGUGAGAAAGCAAGCAAAAUGAAAUACAUUCCACUCUUUUAUCAUUGCAAUCUUUAUUUCCU